AUGCCAGCCUUUAAACGUGUGCGGAGUUUAAAUAGUAGUCUCGAGAGGAAUGCUGGUGUAUCCAUGGUCAAGACGCGGUUCUACCACAAGGCAAUUGAACUGGAGAAGACGACUAAUUUUACACGGAUAGAAAUAGAGGGACUGCUGCGUAUAUACGACAAAAUUGUCGUAAAGUAUCGUUCCCCCAUCAAUCGAACUGUGUUUAACGACAUUCUCUUCAAUUUCUUCGACUUCACCAAUGAGGCAAUGAUGGAAAGGAUUUUUCGAGCUCUAACUCAAUCUUCCACCAAAACUACACUUUCUCGCGACGAUUGGAUUUACGCAUUGAACAUAUUUUUGCGCGGCUCCUUCGUACAAGUGACGAACUUCGCCUUCACCGUCUACGAUCACCACCAACGUGGCCACUUGAUAAAGGAGGACAUACAGUUCUUUCUGCGAGACGUACUUACGGCAAAGCUGCCAGAGGAGGAUGCAGAAGAGUUGAAGUCCGAUAUGGUUGACAUGGUGAUCGCCCUCUUUGAUAAGGACAAAGAUGGAGUAAUAAGUAGGAAGGAUUUUGUAACCUCAGUAUUGUCGGAACCUCUUCUUAUAGAGGUGCUAGGAGAGUGCCUACCAACGAACAAAUCUAUUCUGGCUCUUGAGUCGCUAAUUAAACAGACCAACAGACGAGGCCAGCCAUCCGAAUGA